GUUUAUUUUUUUUUUCUAGCUUAAGCGCGUCUUCGCUUUCUCUUCUUCCUCCCUCCCCUCUCCUCCCUACAAACAACAACAACAUGGAUCUCGAUCAGUGGGUUGACCUGGUGGCGCAGUGCAAGUACCUGCCCGAGAACGACCUCAAGAAGCUCUGCGACCGCGUGGUGGAUAUUCUGAUUGAAGAGUCCAAUGUGCAGCCCGUCUCGUCCCCAGUCACUGUCUGCGGCGACAUCCACGGGCAGUUCUACGACCUCGAGAAGCUCUUUGUCACUGGCGGCCCCGUUCCCGAGACCAGCUACAUCUUCAUGGGCGACUUUGUCGAUCGUGGCUAUUACAGUCUCGAGACCUUCACCCGCCUGCUGACGCUCAAGGCCAAGUACCCCGAUCGCAUCGUCCUUCUUCGUGGCAACCACGAGAGCCGACAGAUCACCCAGGUCUAUGGCUUCUACGAUGAGUGCCAGACCAAGUACGGCAAUGGCAACGCGUGGAAGUACUGCACCCGUGUCUUUGACUAUCUGACCGUCGCUGCGCUUAUCGACGACAAGGUCCUUUGCGUGCAUGGUGGUCUCUCCCCCGACGUGCGCUCGCUCGAUCAGAUUCGCACGAUCGACCGCGCACAAGAAAUCCCGCACGAGGGUGCUUUCUGCGAUCUCAUGUGGUCCGACCCCGAGGAUAUCGAGACUUGGGCUGUCAGUCCUCGCGGCGCUGGCUGGCUGUUUGGCAGCAAGGUUGCUCAGGAGUUCGUCCACGUUAACGACCUUACCCUCAUCUGCCGAGCACAUCAGCUCGUCCAGGAGGGCUACAAGUACAUGUUCCCGGAGGAGAACCUGGUGACUGUGUGGUCUGCACCAAACUAUUGCUAUCGCUGCGGCAACGUUGCGUCAAUCCUCGAGUUUGACAGCUCGAUGAAUCGCACGUUCAAGAUCUUUGACGCGGUUCCCGACAACGAGCGUGUCAUUCCCCCGCGUGUCUUUACUCCUUAUUUCUUGUAAACCUGUGGUCGUGCAUUUUUAAUCUUUUUUUUUUUUUGGUGUGUGUGUGUAAGUGUAUGUGUUUGUGUGGGGAGCUCGAGUUGCUCCCUUCAACCCUCGUAGUAUGUUUGUGCGUUUUCUUUUUGCGCUGAUGGGUGUUUGCCCUGCAAACUCUCUUCCGCUCCAACUCUUCCCUUUUUUCCUCGCUUUUGCUGUACGCCUGGUUGCAAACUCUCAUUGGUUAUGUAAAUUUCUGCAAUCCUUGGAACACCUUUUGAUACCAUUGCCUUGUUCUGAAUUUUUGGUUUGGUCGGAACAAUAUACAAUUCUUUGUCUUCUUC